AUGAAAGAAAAAUCUGACAUUUUGUCAGGAUUAGAAAUUGAUCGUGACAAGCUAUACCGACGUCUUGAAAAGCAGUCAUCGGAGUGCGAAGGGUCCAAUGUAAAAGGGGUUGCCAUAUACUUUGAGCCCAAAAUGAUGACCGAAGAAAUGGAAGAAAUUGAGAGGGAUGAAUGGGUUAACCAAGUUUCCAUGUUCAGUGGGGAAAUGUUCCCUGCAUGA